AUGUCAACAUCCCCAUUCACUCCUAUCGACCACAGAUUACAGCCCGAUAUUUCAGGAUCGGCUUUAGUUCUCCCCUCAAUAUCAAUUGGCAACAUACCUCAACUAACCAUUGAUUUACUCAUUCACACGUACUCGUUAACCAAAAUUGGCUAUUUAGAUGGCUUGUAUCUCUACCCGUUUGCUUCACCAAUUGACUAUGUUAACUUACCUUCCAAACAAGGUAUCAGCCAUGCUGUCGAGGUCUACUAUUCUCCUAAAUUGAACAUUACAGUAGUGCAACAACGAAGUCCAAUCAUUCCUACAUAUUCAUCUACUUUUGUUCAUCAAGUAAUCGUUCCAUUCAUAACAACGAAUCGAUUUGAAAGUGUCUUUGUACUAAACUCAUCAGAUGCUGGCUUGGUGGAAAGCGUCAACAGUGGUGAUAUCAAGCUCUACGAUACCGAAGAUUUGAUCACCUCCAAUUUAGAAAAUUUAUCACUAACUUCUCCUUCAUUACAGGAUUCAAGUGAUCCAAACGAUAAAGGAAACGACAAUAAUUCAAAAUUUGUUACCGAACUUGUCAAGGCGAUUAUUUCUCAAAACGGAGAAAGUAAGUCCAAACCAAUUAAUGUUAAAGUCAUCGUAAGCUAUGUUUAUGAAGGUGAUAAUUUUUAUGAUGCAGAAAAGUCAGCGACCCGUUUGCAAGAGGCUUUAAAACUAAAAGAACAAGAAGGUAGGACUGUUACAAAGUGGGUUAAGCCAGUUAGUUGGUUAGGUGCAUAUGGAGACAAGUCAAUUCCAAACGCAAUGGAGGAAGGCAUAUUUGGUUAA